AUGGCGUAUUUGGAGCGUGCAUAUUUCGGACUUCAAUGCUUUUGGGGAGAAUCGGCAUGGGCCAAAUUGAAAGGAGUUGUGGUCACAAGAGUUGGAUAUGCUGGAGGAAAACAACCAAAUCCAACGUAUAAGAACAUCAAGGAUCACACCGAAAUCACUGAGAUCACCUAUGAUCCAAAAGUUAUCGACUACUCGAAACUGCUUGCUUUCUUCUGGAAACAUCACAACCCAGCCGAGCACCGAAAGAAGCAAUACCAAUCCGCCAUCCUUUAUGUGAAUGAUCAGCAGAAGAAGUUCGCUACUGAAACAGUGCAACAGAACAAGGAGGCACAUGGAGACAUCGAAACUUAUGUCGAACCACUCGACAAAUUCUAUCAAGCAGAAGAUUAUCAUCAAAAGUACUGGUUCCGUCAGAAGAAAGCACUUUUCGAUGAACUGGGUCUUCUUGAUACUCAAGUCGCCGAAGGAGAAUUGGCCACCAAACUCAACGCCUACUGCGCCGGAUUCUUGAAGUUUGAGGAUCUCGAACGUCUUCAAAAGGAGUACGGAUUGUCUCAAUCAUUCGUCGACAAGGUCAAGGAGUACGCCUUGUCUGGUGGAGAUCCAAGAAACUGUCAUGCUUGA